AUUUUUAAAUUAAUUUCGUAAACUUUCUUCAAGCUUCUAAUGUACGCUUCCAAUUUCCCAAAAUUUUAAAAGGAUAAAAUCGGAAUUUCAAAUAUCCAACCAACAACCCCUUCAAAUUCUUACACGUCACCAGAAUAUCACCUACCUUUAUAUGAAAUAUCUAAAAUACCCUCAUCUUCUUCCCUCAGAUUUAUUCUCGCGCAAGCUUCCCACUCAAAAUUUCAAAACUCCCCCCAAAAUUUCAAACCCCUAAUUUCCUCAAUUUUUCCUAUAAAAACCACUCUAAAAUCCCCAUUAUUCUACAUUCCCAAAUCUCAAAACCCUAAAAAAUCCCUCCAAUUUCUCAAUCAAUCUUCCAUUCUUCCCCAAUUUCGUCAAAUUAUUCUUCAAAAAAACCCUAAAAAUGCCGGCGAAAAUCGAAGAAACCGACCCACUUCUCACAGAAAACCCAGAUAGAUUCUGUAUGUUCCCAAUUGAAUACCCACAAAUCUGGGAAAUGUACAAAAAAGCUGAAGCUUCAUUCUGGACUGCCGAAGAAGUCGAUCUUUCGCAAGAUGUUCGUCACUGGGAAACCGUCUUAACCUCCGACGAACAGCAUUUCAUCACCCACAUCCUCGCCUUCUUCGCCGCAUCUGACGGCAUAGUUCUCGAGAAUCUCGCCGGAAGAUUCAUGAAAGAGGUCCAGGUUGCUGAAGCUCGCGCUUUCUAUGGCUUCCAAAUCGCCAUUGAAAACAUUCACUCUGAAAUGUACUCUCUUCUUUUAGAAACUUAUAUCAAAGAUUCUAACCUUAAAACCCAUCUUUUUCGUGCAAUUGAAACUAUCCCUUGUGUUAAGAAGAAGGCUGAUUGGGCUCUUCGUUGGAUUGAUGGUGCUGAAUCGUUUGCUGAGAGGUUAAUUGCUUUUGCUUGUGUUGAAGGGAUUUUCUUCUCCGGGAGUUUUUGCUCCAUCUUCUGGCUUAAAAAGCGUGGGCUAAUGCCGGGUUUAACCUUCUCGAACGAGCUGAUAUCGCGAGACGAAGGGCUUCAUUGUGACUUUGCUUGUCUGUUGUACAGCUUACUGAAGAAGAAGCUGAGUGUGGAGAAGGUUCAGGGGAUAGUGAAGGAUGCAGUCGAUAUCGAGCGAGAGUUCGUAACUGAUGCGCUUCCGGUGAAGCUGGUUGGGAUGAACUGUGAGCUGAUGAGUCAGUACAUUGAGUUUGUUGCAGACAGACUGUUGGCUGCGCUCGGGUGCGAAAAGGUUUACGGAGUUCAGAACCCAUUCGAUUGGAUGGAGUUGAUCUCUCUUCAAGGGAAGACUAAUUUCUUUGAGAAGAGAGUUGGGGAGUAUCAGAAAGCUUCUGUUAUGUCAAGCUUGAAUGGUGCUAAUGGUGGAACUCAUGUGUUCAAGAUGGAUGAAGAUUUUUAGGUUUAAUGAUGGGAUUUAAUUAUUAUGUGAUGUUUAGGUUAAUCUUAUGAUAUUUUUUAGAGUAUGGUAAUUCUACUACUGCUACUAAUUGGUGCUUUCCAAUAUAUGUAAAAUAUUAUCAGUAUUACAAUGUUUGUAAUUUUACUUGUUCUCUUGUAUUAAUUUUGAUGCCUACUGAAAUAAAAUGAUGUUUAGCUAUGAUCAA